AAUAUAUAUACCAAUUUUAUCAUUAAUUACUAAGCAAACCCCACAAGGAAAAAUGUUGCUGCGACUUUUCUUGUCUGAAAAAGAGUAGUAUAUAUUCAUUAGCUUCUAAGCUGGUUCUUCACAAAGCUAACCCAUCAAGAAUUGCAUAUUCAGGAUAAUUUGGUGAACUGUUAAUGGAAGAACAUUUGGUUUUGCGUGUUGACCAUCUUAUCACACCCGAAUCAUUGCACUCUCUGCCACGGCCCGAGCAUACAGAAUUAUCUGGGGGCACAUCUGUCACUCAGACAGUUGGUACAUCCUCAGGUAUUGAUGCUCAAGAGAACGAAUAUCAAAGAGCUGGAGAUGAAGAAGAGCCAUUACUUCAGACUGUGGAAUGUCGGAUUUGUCAGGAAGAAGAUAGCUUGAAAAAUUUGGAGAUUCCUUGUGGUUGCAGUGGCAGCUUGAAGUAUGCACACAGAAAAUGUGUUCAACAAUGGUGUGAUGAGAAGGGAGAUAUAACUUGCGAGAUUUGCCAUCAGCUUUAUCAUCCUGGCUAUACUGCUCGGCCCGCGUCUCCUCAAUCUGAAGAUACAUCCAUUGACAUCAGAGGUUGGACAGUGGGUGGCACUCAGGUCGACUUUCAUGAUCCUCGACUUCUUGCAAUGGCUGCUGCUGAACGCCGUCUUCUAGAGGCUGACUAUGACGAAUAUUCAGAUUCAAAUGCUAGUGGAGCUGCAUUUUUUCGGUCUGCCGCUUUGAUUCUAUUGGCCCUUCUGUUACUGAGGCAUGCUCUGAUAGUUGGAGAUGCUAAUGAGGAUGAGGAUGAUGUUUCCACCUUUUUUAUGCUUUUCCUGCUCCGCGCUGCCGGUUUUCUUUUACCUUGUUACAUUAUAGCUUGGGCUAUCGGUAUAUUGCAGCGUCGCAGGCAAAGACAGCAGGAGGCAGCAGCAAUAGCAGCAGCCGAAGUUGCUUUCCUUGCGCAGGCAGGGCAGCAUAGGGGUUUGCAUGUCACAAUUGCACCUGGACCUGCACCGGCAGCAGAACCUUCGACAACACCAGCAACUCCUCAGGUGUCAAUGCCACCGGAACAGGCAGCAACUACUCAUGUACAAUCAGUAUAAACAGCUCUCUGUUUCGAUAAGCUAAUUGUACAGAUGGUAAGCUACAUAAUGGGAAAAGAUUUUUUCUCGUUUUGUUUUUAUCAUUUACCUACUGUAUCUUUACAUUGGGAGACGCAAAAGCUUUAAAUUUCAUAUUUUGUUAUGUUUGUACUGUUGUACAUAUCAAAACAUUGCAGCCACUAGGUGGCGUGGAAAUCUUAGCCUCCAGAGUUGGUUACGACUUGAUAAAGUCGUUGCUUCAAUUGUGUAGAUACCAUAUCUUCACAUCACAUUAGUCGCUUACUGUCAUUAAUCUCAUUUAUUCUUAGUUUUGCCA